AUGGCUAGCCCUGCGCGCGAUGACAAAUCUGACGCGGAUUCCGAUCUUGAGGAGCUCCAGGGUGACAUUGCGAAGUUUGAUGAAUCCGUCCGCGAAUUUCUAGCCUCCCAUGAGGGUAGUGGAGAUGGCCAUACCUACGGUAGACCAUCUCGAGGAGGAAGGGGGUCUCGUGGUCCAAGAAAGGCAGCCAAGCCCAGAGGCGAUAUCACUGCGCGCCUAUCUAGGGUUAACCAAGCCUUCCUGACUGGUGACUAUGAUCGCGCGUUGGAGCUCGUCUCGGAGGUAAUCCGAAUCAAUGCGGAAACGUUCCAGGCUUGGACGGCUCUCGCGUCAAUAUUCAGGGAGCAGGGCGAGUUGGACCGUGCUCUCGCAGCGAUGAUGUACGCUGCACAUCUCCGACCGAAGGACAUCGGCGGCUGGAUGUCAUGCGCAGCGUAUGCACUCAAUAACUUUGGAGGAGAUGAAGAGGCAAACAUGAAAACAGCAAGACUGUGCUUCUCGGCAGCUCUUAGGGCUGACCCGCAUAACCGGGAAGCAAGACUGGGCAAGGCAGCCGUGUGCCAUAGCCAAGGUCACUAUUCGCAAGCAAUACUGGAAUACAACUAUCUGCUAAGACAGAGACCUGCGGAUCUUGACAUUGUCCGGAAACUGGCAGAAACAUGCGCCGAUGGAAAAGAAAAUAUUUCUAACAACGCAUCUGCAAAAACGGCAUACCGGCGCUUCUUCGACUCUGUAAUACCAUACGGACCGGGAGAUAGGUUCGAAGGACUUUGGUACGAUAUCGGCAUUUAUGCAGACCUCUGCGCGUCCAGCGGCAGCUACCGCGAAACCAUUAAGGAAUUGAAAGCCCUUGCAAGGUGGAUGGUCGGUCGGGUGUCUGAGCAAUACUGGGAUUAUGUCCAAGAUGAUGACCGUGAAUGGGAUAUCGACAGUAGUAGGCGAAGCCAAUGCACUGACUUCACGGAUUCAUUGUUCUCGCCGUCGCGUUAUGGUGAAUCUCUACCACUCGACCUCAGGAUGAGACUAGCCAUGCUACGCCUUAGACUCCUGGAUAAGGGUGAGGCUAUGAGACACCUGAACUAUCUUGACCAUUCCACGCAAGAUACUAGAGACUUCGUUGGCGAAUUCCCAGCUGUCGCGUAUGAUCUUGCCGAGGAACUCAUGAAAAGCGCCGUUACAGAUGUCGCCACAAGUAUAUUAGAGAUUCUUCGCGAGACUUCAAAUGCUCCAGACUCUACUAUAUUACUGCAACUCGGCAGGUGCUACAUUGCAGCCGGAGAGCAGCCAAAGGCAGAGGAGUGCUUUCUUGCUGCCAUCGAUGCCGAUGAAGAUUCGAUUGAUGCCCGCAUUGAGCUAGCUAAUAUGUACGAAGAGGCUAAAGAAGGCGAAGAGGCUCUCAUCCUGGCAGCAGAAGCUAUGGCCCUGCAAGAUGCGCGGCAUCACCAAACUGGCCUUGGAAGAACGGAUAUUACCGGCCGUUCAACUAUUCAUCAAGGGGAGAUCCGACGUCGCAUGUCACAGACUAUUCAAAUUGCUGCCAAUGCUGGAAUAAACAAGCAAUUGCACGUUCCAAAGCGCUAUAGGCCAAAGCGAUUAGCGGGUGCCGAUACAUUGCGCCAAGAUGAGCAAGCGCGUGCGAUCAAGUUGUCGAAGCAGUAUGAUAUCGUGAGAGACUUAAAACUUCGAAUCUCGGAAGGACAAGUCAAUCUCACUGGACAGUGGAUGAAUGCAUCACGGGACUUAGUUGACGAGUUCAGAUCCCUGAAACGUUUUUAUUCCUGGGACAAGUACCUCCACUUUCUCGGAAAAAAACAAGUGUCUAUGUCGAUGCCUUCACAAGCGCCAGAUAGUGAAUUGUCGCAGAUGUAUGAGCGUUUGACGCGAUCUCUCGCACCACAAGCCGACAGCAGUGUGGCAGGCAUUCACCAAGGAAUGCACCAGGGCAUUUCCUUUGACAACUGGCUCAACAUCUUCCUGGACUAUGCUAUUGGACUGGCCAUAGACCAUCAACGAGAGGAGGCUUAUCAGGAACGAUGUGUUGCGAUUGCCAGACAUUUGAUGAGGAACGGUGUCAUGUCCGACGCGAAUCGGAUGUUUGCUCUCCUUUCGAGAUUAUGCCAGUCACCUGUGUCUUGGUACACUUCGGGUCCGGCACAGAAGUUUAUUCUUCGACAGAUCCGGGCUAUUGACAACAGCUACGAGCAGUUAUUUGCCACAAACUUUGAACCAACGUUGGUCUCAUCGUGUAUCAUAGGCUAUUUCUUACGAGCAAGGUCACUGGAUCCCAGGAAUCCGAUGGUCAACCUGAGUUUAGGUUUGGCAUACGUUCAUUAUGGGUUGAAAAGACAGUCAACAAACCGGCAGUAUCUUCUUCUGCAAGGCCAAGCUUUCCUUGCUCAGUAUUUUGAGGCGGGCGAAAGUGAGGGAGCAAGGCCGCUUGCGGAGAGAUAUUACAAUACAGGACGCCUUUUUCAGCUCCUGGGUCUCAGCCAAUUAGGUUCUAAUCUCUAUUCCAACGCGAUUGAGGCUAACAACGCGGAGCAUCACAAUACCGACAUUGACACUCUGGUGGCCAUCAAUAGCUUCAUGUCAUUUUUAGCUGCUGGCAACAAGACUGCCGCGUUUUCCCUGCUAAAGAAGAAACUAAUACUGCAAAACGGCUGGCAAGAUUUGCGCAUGGUAGUCGCAAAUGGAUUUACUGACACCCAAAAAAUGCCGACUACCGCGAAAGGACAAAACAAUGUAUCGACUAUACUAUUGCUCCUCGCUACGGCGUCAGGCCUCCAUGCGACCGAGCAGACACGCGUCACUCAAGCUGAGACAGCACCGAGAUCAAGUUCAGGCGGGUCUAUAACCGGUACAAGCCAGUGCGAAGCGCGUAUGAUCAAUUAUAUUACACACACGCUGCCGCAACUAUGCCUUACCAGCAGCUGGUCAAGCACAGCAGCCGUGGCGGAGAGCACACCGCCGUUCACAGCUACUGAGCCUACACCGACUGGAGAUAAUCUCACUCCAACUGUUGAUGAGACGGGACCGGUCGAAAUUCAAGAUUCAACUACGAUAGCUCAGAAAGCUUCCGGAUCAGCAGACACCGACUCGACAGCCGAACCUUUCAUGUCAUUCGAGGACUGGAAGAAUAUAAUGCUACAAAGGACAGGGCAAACCCCUCAAGAUCUCAAGCAACGGAAAGGCUUAGACGUGCACAACGACGGGCAUCAAAGACCCCGAUCAUACACAGGAAGUGAUAUGGGGGACGAAGGAGAAAUUUCUUUAAACUUCGGUGGAUACGCGGAGAAGGUAGAUGCUGAAGAUGUUUAUGAUGGCGGUGGGGAGCACCCCGAGGAGUCCUCUUCCGAAGCUGGACAGACGACACUCCACCGCAGCAAGGAUGCGGGUAAAACCUGCAAGGAACGAUUUUCCUUUGCGUCAUUUGACGCCGGAGCCACCAUCCUCAAAACAAACCCCGGCGCCAAAAAUUCCAAGGCUAUUCUGGUCGAGAAUAAAGAUACAUAUAUGCUUCUCGAAUGCGCAACGCCAAACAAAUAUGUCAUUAUCGAGCUGACGGAUGAUAUUUGGGUUGAUACCAUUGUUCUGGCCAACUUUGAAUUCUUUUCCAGCAUGAUACGUCAUUUUAGAGUAAGCGUCAGCGACCGUUACCCCGUUAGAAUGGAGAAAUGGAAGGAACUGGGGACAUUUGAGGCGAGAAACUCACGCGACAUACAAGCCUUUUUGGUCGAAAACCCGCAAAUAUGGGCAAAGUACCUAAGACUCGAAUUUCUCACUCAUUAUGGCAAUGAGUACUACUGUCCUGUCUCCUUGGUACGAGUCCACGGGUCCCGAAUGCUCGACAAGUGGAAAGAUAGUGAGAUUGGGCCCGAUGAUGAUCACGUAGGUGAGAUUGAAGGCGUUGCAGAAAUCGGAAACACCCUUCAAGAAAACUUAUCCAAAUCAGACGACAUCAAGGAGAAUAACAAUAUAUCCGCAAAUGUCGCUCAUAUGUGUCCUACUAUCGAGGCAACGCCAUUCCCACUGCCCUCAUUAAUAUGCCUGGUGGACAAGCCUCCGACUUUCAUGAACAAUUCGGUUGUGGCAAAUGAAGAUCUUAACAGCGCACAAUACGGAGUAGUUGUCGAUGAUCAAACAAUCGAACUUGAGCAACGGCAAAUCUCUGCAACCGCGCAGGAAAGCUCAGGCCAUACCGCAACAUCGUCUACAAUUUACAAAGACGCAAAAUCGGCAAGCGAAUCGAGCACAAAUCCCGAAGAUGAACAGCGUAGCGACAAGACUGCAUCUAAAGGCAUGAGAUCUGCCACGACGGAAAUGACUUCGUCCUUAUCGCCUGCGGCCGUUACGGGGAAAAUUCCGGUGGCCUCCGCCUCGAGUAGCAGGUCUAGAGUCAAUGGAACGAGUAUUGCCACUCCAUCGCCGCCAACAAUUCAAGAGGGUUUUUUCAACUCUGUUACCAAGCGCUUACAGCAAGUGGAAUCAAACCUGACACUGUCGCUCAAAUACGUCGAAGAGCAGUCCAAACACGUACAAGAUGCUUUUCAAAGAUCCGAGCAAAAACAGAUCCUGAAAAUCUCUUCAGUCCUGGCAGAACUAAACCAGACAGUAUUGGCAGAGCUGCGAAAUUUUCGAGAUCAAUACGAUCAGAUCUGGCAGUCAACCGUCUUGGCUCUGGAAAGCCAGAAAGACCAGUCGCAACGAGAUAUUCUAGCGCUUAGUUCUCGGCUACAUGUACUGGCAGAUGAAGUUGUUUUCCAGAAGCGCAUGGCCAUUCUGCAGGCCAUUCUGCUUCUUUCCUGUCUCUUGUUGGUCAUCUUCUCCAGAGGAGUUCCAAUACCUACACUUGGUUCCCUAUCAGACCAGGGAAUGGGCACAAGUGAAGCGUUUGCGGAGAUAUUGGCCUCAAUGCAGAGGCCCGACAUGUAUUCGAGCGGAUCGCCCGAGUACCCGCUCGAUGCGCGAACGCCAAACACACCAGAACCCCAUGCGACAAGUUCUCCUGAGCGGCCCAUGGCCAGCUCUCAGUUGAGUAUGGACGACUAUGGUUAUCAGCGACCGUCUCCUCCUUUGACACCCAAUACCGAGCUGGACGAUGGUGCGUCGGAUUGGCAGACAAGCAGUCAUUCUUCAGCCGUGCAGGCAACGAGUUACGACAAGGGGGCUCGGCAUAUAAGCUCUCGUAAACCGCUACCUUCUUUGCCAGAAGAUGUUUCUUCUCCUGGGCGUUCUUGA